AUGGAGAUUUCGGGGAGAGUGAAAGCUCGAUUGGCUAUUCUCUCUGCGCAUUUGGCGGUGUCUGAUCCCGUCGGAUUGGAACAGGUGUCGCCGGCGAUCGAGCCAUGGUGCACAUCGAGUGCUGCACCGCAUGGACCGCUUAAGGGAAGCUUGACGAUCGUCGAUGAGCGUACGGGGAAGAAAUAUCAGGUUCCAGUCUCAGAAGAUGGCACCGUUAAAUCCGUUGAUCUUAAGAAGAUAACGACGGGGAAGGAGGACAAAGGGCUUAAAUUAUACGAUCCGGGUUACUUGAAUACGGCUCCUGUUCGAUCGUCGAUUUCUUACAUCGAUGGAGAUGAAGGGAUCCUACGUUAUCGGGGAUACCCAAUCGAACAGUUGGCUGAGAGCAGCACUUUCAUUGAGGUUUCUUAUCUCCUCUUGUAUGGGAAUCUGCCUUCUCAGAGUCAGCUAGCUGAUUGGGAGUUUACAAUUUCUCAGCAUUCAGCUGUGCCACAAGGAGUAUUGGAUAUCAUACAGUCCAUGCCUCAUGAUGCACACCCAAUGGGUGUUCUUGUGAGUGCAAUGAGUGCACUUUCCAUCUUUCAUCCUGAUGCUAAUCCUGCUCUUAGGGGCCAAGAUAUAUACAAGUCCAAACAAGUUCGUGAUAAACAGAUUGUUCGAAUUAUUGGAAAGGCUCCAACAAUUGCAGCGGCUGCUUAUUUGAGGAUGGCAGGCAGGCCUCCUGUUCUUCCUUCUGGCAACCUUUCUUAUGCAGAGAAUUUCCUUUACAUGCUUGAUUCAAUGGGCAAUAGGUCUUACAAGCCUAAUCCUCGUCUGGCUCGAGUACUGGACAUCCUCUUCAUACUGCAUGCUGAACAUGAAAUGAACUGCUCUACUGCUGCUGCUCGGCAUCUUGCCUCUAGUGGUGUUGAUGUGUACACCGCUGUUGCUGGAGCUGUUGGAGCGCUGUACGGUCCACUUCAUGGUGGUGCGAAUGAGGCUGUCCUUAAGAUGUUGUCAGAGAUCGGAUCUGUUGAAAAUAUUCCAGAUUUCAUUGAAGGCGUGAAGAACAGAAAGAGGAAGAUGUCAGGUUUUGGACACCGUGUUUACAAAAACUACGACCCAAGAGCGAAAGUCAUAAAGAAACUGGCGGAUGAAGUGUUCUCCAUUGUUGGAAGAGACCCUCUCAUUGAGGUGGCAGUUGCUCUAGAGAAGGCGGCACUAACCGAUGAAUAUUUUGUGAAGAGGAAGCUUUACCCAAACGUUGAUUUCUACUCUGGAUUGAUCUAUAGGGCAAUGGGAUUCCCACCAGAGUUCUUCACAGUCCUAUUCGCAGUCCCGCGCAUGGCUGGAUACUUGUCACACUGGCGUGAGUCGUUAGAUGAUCCUGACACUAAGAUCAUGAGACCCCAACAGGCCUACACUGGAGUGUGGCUAAGGCAUUACGAGCCAGUGAGAGAAAGAACGUUGUCAAGUUCGGAUUCAGAUAAGUUGGGUCAAGUUUCCAUUUCGAAUGCAUCAAGAAGGCGUUUAUCUGGAUCUGCGCUUUAG